AUGCUCACGUUGCAAUUUUUAAAGGGUGUUGCUAUCCUUCUGUGGAUAUAUUUUCUAUGGAGUCGACGCAGAUUCUACAGAAUGAUGCUAAAGGUGCCUGGACCAAUAGGACUUCCCCUCAUCGGUCUUGCCUCCGAGUACCUUCGUCUCAAACGUAAUAUAGGCUCGCGUACAACGUUCUUCGAGAGAUAUGGAAAAACCGGAAUGACCUGGAUUGGUAUAACGCCUGUUUUGGUAACCUGCGAACCGAAGAUCGUCGAGGACAUUUUAAUGUCUCCCCAUUGUACCGAUAGGAGCUCUGUCGUAGACAAAGCCAUAUCAUCUUGUGUUGGAUCAGGGCUUCUGACAUUAAGGGAUCCUCAUUGGCAUGAACGACGAAAACUGUUGAGCCCAUCAUUCAAAAUUAAUGCAAUUCUUAGUUUUGUACCCAUUUUAAACAAUGAAUCGAAUUCCUUGUUGACCUUUCUAGAAGGAUUCGUAGGUCAAGGAGAGAAAAACUUGCUGCCGGAACUAAAUAAUUGGUCAUUUAAAAUAGCCGCUCAAAUAACAAUGGGAAGUGAUGUGAGGAACCAGGCAAACUACAACAAUGGGAAUCUGAUGCAGAACUACAAGUCCCUUAAUGAGCUUAUACCUAUUGGAGUUGUGAUGCCAUGGCUACGGAACAAGUUAAUUGGAAAGCUGAGUGGCUUUGAAAAAACAAGGCUGGAGGCCACAUCCCAGGCAAAUGCCUUUAUCAAAGACAUAAUCGACAAAAAGCUGAGCAGCAGCUCAGAAACCAGCUUGGAGCCUGCACUAAUCGAUCGUAUUCUAUAUCUUGUGAGGAAGGGUGAUCUUUCCUAUGACGACGUUAUGGGCGAAUUUUCUAAUAUAAUUUUUGCCGCCUCUGACACUUUAUCCAUCACAGUCAACAAUGUGCUUAGCCUUUUGGCAAUGUUCCCAGAAAUCCAGGAGAAAGUAUUUGAGGAGCUAACAGAAGUGUUCCCUGCAAUUGGAGAAUUCGAAGUUGGUCAUGAAGACUUGGAUAAAUUAAUGUACUUGGACCAAGUUUUGCAUGAAACGAUGCGCUUAAUACCUGCUGUUCCACUAUUGAUAAGGCAAACAUCGCAGGAAAUUCGGCUAUCGACCGGAUCCUACAUUCCCGAGGGCGUGACUCUGAUGAUAGACACCGAUGCUGGGGCCUUCAAUCCUGAUAACUUUCUGCCCGAAAAUAAGCGAGAGAGGCAUCCUUACGCAUACUUACCAUUUUCUAAGGGAAAGAAAACCUGCUUGGGUCAUAAAUUGUCACUGAUAUCUGCAAAAAUGACUCUGGCUAAGAUAUUGCGAAACUAUAAGCUGAGCACAAACUUUUUGUUCAAGGACCUCCAGUUUAUUGACAAUACAACUAUAAAGCUGGCUGAGCAACCAUUAUUAGAAGUCGAGCGGAGGACCUAA